AUGUGCUAUGUGGCCUUUUCUUUUUAGAUCUCAGAAGUAAUGGCUUCUUAUUGCAGGAGUUUGCAAAGCUCACCUAGCACAUCUGUGACGAUGUCAUUCAGAGAUGGCCCUAAUGACUAUUUUCAUGCAUUGUCUUUCAUGCACCUGUACACGAUAUUCAGAAUCAGUGGGCCUUUUAGGGCCCGUGGCUAUCUUAUGGCUUCCUGGUUUUAUCCACUCUUAUGCAAGGCACUAAUAUCAGCAGUCAGUCAAGUGACAAAAGAAAGGAAUAGGUGGCUCAGAGUCAAAACCUGGCUUAUGGCUGAUCUAGGACAGGUUACUUAAUAGCUCUGUGUCCGUUUUUUAUUUGUUUAGGUCAGAAGAGGAACCUGUGAAGGUUCAGAGGCAGCUCUUAAGAAGAUCUUUGCCUAGGUUCCCCUCCACCCCAGCCUGUCUUUAUUUCAGGAGUAAUUCAUUGCUGGCUUUCGAGUUUCUGUGGCCCUAAUGGUCUCCACUGUAGCAUUUAUGUUUAUUAUACAUUUGAAACAACCUGCUUAUUAACAUAGAAAUAGUCUCUCCGAUAGUAGUUGAAAAGCUGCCCAAUAAUCAGAAAUAGCAUGUGCAGUUGGGGGGCAGUAACAAAUACUACCUAUCCCCCUUAACUGUUGGAUUUUUAAGCAUUUGAGCACAUGCUGAAUUGUAGAGAGCUUGGUUUAGAGCUCUAGGACUUGAGGGUUAGCUCACUGGCUCUGCCUGUGUCCUAUUGCAUGGUUGCCACUCUGGGUUUCCUUUAAAGGGGUGGGAGUGGGGCUAAAGGGUUGGAAACAAUGUGCUGGAUUUUUAAUUUGCUUUCAGUUCUACUCCAGUUUAGAUAAACUCUCAUCUGACAGGGGAUUUUUUAUUUCCCUGAUGUUCAUUUAUUGGCUUUUCAAGCUAUUUAGCUUUCAUAGAAACUUUUCAGCUUAUGCACUAUUUAAUUAAAUUAUUCAAUACAGUCAUAAAGAAAAUGGGUAUUCAUUGAAUUUGUGCAGAAAUGCCAACAGGCUCCGCUGUGACAUGUGGCAGUAUGUAUAUUCAGGAGUCAGCAGUGGCCAGUGGAGGUGGAGGUUGUAAGUAAGUAAGUGGAGUUGGGUAGACAACUUGAACUCAGUUACAUUUUCUGGGGUGAAGGAAAUCCUGUCUUCAUAUUUAAUCAAGAUGAUACGAAUGGAAUUCUGUAUUCUAAACCCCUGCUGGGAUAUUGGUGAUGUAUUUCUUAUAACCUUAAAAUUUUUGCCCAACCUAUUUUUAGUGAAUAGCUUACAUUGGUGAGAUAAAUGAGAAAGCAUGAUGGUGUGUGUGCCUGAAGAUUAGCACAUUUACUCAUACAGAGAGAGGGUAAACAUGCUCUUAUCUUAUGUGUUUUAACUGUCAGAGCUAGCAUCACAGUUAUGGCCUUUCCUUUUCUUCUUUUGCCUGCCUUUCUUUGUCUCUCUCUGUCUCUGUCUCUGUCUCUGUCUCUGUCUCUCUCUCUCUCUCUCUCUCUCUCUGUUUGUCUCUGUCUCUGUCUCUCUUUCUCAAGACAGGGUUUCUCUGUGUAGCCCUGGCUAUCUUAGAACUCACUCUGUAGACCAUGCUGGCCUUGAACUUAAAAAGCUCUGCCUGCCUCUGCCUCCUGAGUGCUGGGAUUAAAGGCGUGCGCCACCACUGCCUGGCCCCUUCCUGUUUUCAGUUCAAGAACUCAACAGAUAAUCUAUUGAACCUUCUCCAUAGAUCAGGGGCCCUGCAAAAUGUAACACGAGGAGGAAUGGCCACAUCUAUGGCCCAGGUGUGACUAGUUAUAUUAAUGAUCUAUUCCUUCUCAAUAGGGUAAUUCCCUUGGGAGAUGUUCAGUGGACCAGAUGUGCAAGGCCCAUUGGUGUAGAUUAAGAGGAUAGAGUUAUGUUCUCCCUGCCCAGCUUUUGUGGAGAAAAGGCUGGCUUCUGAGUCUUCUUCCUUCCAUGUAGUUGGGGCUCCCCUCUCUUCUGUGGGUGCAGGCACCCCCAGAUACUUGCUGUAGUGGUAAUGACAACUUAACAUUUGUAUUCUGCAGUUGCUAAAGCCUGUGCAUGGUACAGUACCUCAUUUACCCCAACAACUGUAGGGUAGAUGUUACCUGCAUGUAACAGACAAAGAAACAGUCUCAGAGAGGGGACUGAUUUGCUUAGUGGUAUAAUACCUGAACUCUGUCAGAAAUACCAAGAAUUACAUUUCCUAAUUGGAGGAGAGGGACCAAAGAGAAUCAUUUUGGAAGAAGUACGGGAAAGAUACCAACUACAUGACAGGGUGCAGCUUUUGGGAGCUUUAGAACACAAGGAUGUUAGAAAUGUCUUAGUUCAAGGACACAUUUUUCUUAACACCUCCCUCACUGAAGCGUUCUGCAUGGCCAUCGUGGAAGCUGCCAGUUGUGGUUUGCAGGUCGUCAGCACAAAGGUUGGUGGGAUUCCCGAAGUCCUUCCGGAAAGUCUUAUUAUUCUCUGCGAGCCUUCAGUAAAAUCUUUGUGUGACGGUCUGGAAAAAGCCAUUUUCCAAGUGAAGUCGGGGACAUUGCCAGCUCCAGAAAAUAUCCACAAUGUAGUGAAGACUUUCUACACCUGGCGGAACGUGGCAGAGAGAACUGAAAAGGUGUAUGAGCGAGUGUCGAAGGAAACUGUUUUGCCAAUGCACAAGAGAUUGGACAGGCUCAUCUCACACUGUGGCCCUGUGACGGGCUACAUGUUUGCUUUGCUGGCUGUGCUCAGCUAUCUCUUCCUCAUUUUCCUGCAGUGGAUGACUCCAGACUCUUUCAUUGAUGUUGCAAUAGAUGCUACUGGGCCAAGGAGAGCCUGGACUCAUCAAUGGCCUCGUGAUAAGAAAAGAGAUGAGAAUGAUAAGAUAUCCCAAAGCAGGUAGAAGCAAGCCCAAGUUAACAAGUCCUAUUAGAUACUUGCAAUAGUCCUGUUAGCAUUUGAAAGGAGUUUUGCUCCUGUGUUGGGCUUUAGAGUUGGAUUUGCUACCUCUGUAUGGUUCACUUUUGUUGUUGCAAAAAGAUAAACACUUAUGCAAUUCCUGAGUGUGGGAACUCCUUGCACUUCUUUAAAAUUUAGGGGAUAAUGGUUUAGCCACUCAGGUAGGACAGUUUUCAGAUUACUGAGACCCCCCUAAGCAGAGAUGUUUUAACAUUAUAUUUUGGGAGCCUUGGGUGCUGAAAGGCCAAAUGUUUCUGGAUUGUUUUUGGCCAAUUUUUCACAUUAUACCAUUAAUCCACAUUCACCAGAUGUUUACAUGCUUUCUUUAGGGAGGUACAACAGUUAUGUGAACUGUUUUAAGGCAAGGUCAUGUAUCCUUCUCUGGGCAUCAUUGAAGUCAUGUUCCUAGACACUUACUGGGUCCACUCAAGGGAUACGUGGAAUGUGAUUUCUUGAGCAAGACCAUCUAUUGGUUGCCAGCAUGUUUGAACACCUGCUGUGUAUGAAAAGUUGACCUAGAUGGUUCCUGAGACUAAGGACUGGUCAACGAGAAGUGGUAAAACUGUCAACAUGGCGAAAUGCUCAAGCUACUGAAUGACAGGAGAUCAUCGCUGGCAUACACCAAGUACCUUUCUGACCUGUUCUAUGUAUAUGCAUUCUCUUAGGAAGAGCCCUUCUCUCUCUCUCUCUCUCUCUCUCUCUCUCUCUCUCUGUAUGUGUGUGUGUGUGUGUGUGCGUGUGUGUGUAUGUGUGCACGCGUGCGUGUGUGUUGUUGCUUUUUAUGUUCUAUGGAUUGACCGAUACAACUGUUGAUGCUUGUGCUGGCCAACCCUCUGCUUUUAUAGUGCACAGUUCAGUCCCCCAUAAAUGCCUUUAUGGUUUCUAAGCAGAACAGAAAAGGUGUGCUAUCUCAAAACCAGCUGCUCUUCCUGCCCUCUGUGGAAGCCCCUUCCUGUCACUCUGGUCUUGCCCAUCUCUGAUAAGUAUUGCCAGUGUGGGGAAAGGCUUUUCUCCAGAAUGGUUUAUUUAGAGCGUAUUAAUUCUGAAACUCGUCAGAGCUCGCAGGCUUUUUGUGGGUGGAAUUUCUCAAUCGUAAUUAAGGUUUCCAGAGCCAUGGGUUUUUAAAUCCCAAACUGUAUGUGAUAUGUAUUAUUAAUCCUUUGAACUCUUUCGCAUGGGUUUGUGUGGGGAACAGACUAAAAUGAGAGCAGCGAGCCACUUGUGGGUGUUCCAUUCUGUCAGUAUUGUGAUUCUGUACAGGAGUUUUUUUUAGCGACAUUUGCAAAACUUUUAAAAGAGUAUCUUAACAUGCCUAUUACUUGGUUGCCACCGAUAUAAAAGAGAUAUAUUUGUGUUUGGUUUCUAUGGAAACAAAUGGUAGAGAGUAAUUUUUAAAAUAUAGAAGUUAGGGCUUCUUUUAUUGGAGAAAAAUGACCUUGUCCAAACCGUUCAGUCUUAUUUAAAUCUUUAUGCGCUGAGACAGGCGUACAGGUUAACAGUGCCAAUAUCCACGGUAGACUGAGGCAUGUGUAACACUUGGCUGUAUUUAUUCUACUCUAUUAUUUCUUCUAUGUUUGCUUCUAGCUUUUAUUAAAAUAUCAUUAAAUGCUUCAGUUGUUCUUUAUUUAAGAUGAACAUAGAAUUGAAAAUUAAUUUGCUCUUGUGGGCAAAUAUGUAAUUUAUGAAUUAAAAUUGUUUUCCUUUUUUGAACAAGUAAAAAUAAAAUUUGUGUGACAGAAACCAUUUUCAGGCUUCCUGGAUACCUUAGUUGUCAGUGUUGUACUGGUCAGGAUGUGGGACACUCUUCCACUGUGCUACUCAUAAUUAUCUGAAAUGAAAUUAGCGUGGAUGAGGAAUCGUUGGAAAGAUACUGUGUUGCUUUUGAUGUCAUACACAUGAAACCAGUGUGCUAAAACAUGCUCAUGUCCAGUAAUAAAGAUGAGAACGCUGUUUUAAUAGUCUUA